CAGACAUCCAAUCGCAAUGUUUCUCUGUUCUCUCUGUUUCCCCCUCUGAAAGAAGUUAUAUAACGACCUCAACUGUAUUCUUCUUCCCACUGUAGCACACCGGAGCACUUCGCAACUUUACACACAUUUAGAUUCCCAAAAUACAGAAGCCAUGGCAGGAAAACCUGUGCUGUACUACUUCAACGGGAGAGGGAGAAUGGAGGCGAUCCGCUGGCUCCUGGCAGUAGCAGAAGUCGAGUUCGACGAGGUCCUCCUGACGACACGUGAGCAGUAUGAGAAACUCCUCAGCGAUGGAGCUCUCAUGUUCCAGCAGGUUCCCAUGGUGGAGAUCGACGGCAUGCAGCUGAUCCAGACCAAGGCGAUCCUGCAUUACAUUGCUCAGAAGUACAACCUACACGGAAAGGACCCCAAAGAGCGCGUCAUGAUCAACAUGUAUGCGGAAGGAGCAAUGGAUGUCAUGGAGAUGAUCAUGGUGUUGCCGUUCAUCACCGAUGUAAAAGCAAAACUGGACAAUAUUCAAACUAAGGCAAAGGAGCGUUAUCUGCCCGUGUAUGAAAAGGCGCUGUCCGGGCACAUAUACCUGGUGGGAGGUGAACUAAGCCUUGCGGACGUGCAGUUGUUUGAAUGCACCUUGAUGCUGGAGGAGAAAUUCACUGGAAUCCUCGCCGAGUUUCCCAACGUCAAGUCUUUCCAGGGCAGGAUGACGCAGAUUCCCGCCGUCAGCAGGUUUCUGCAGCCAGGCAGUAAGAGGAAGCCACAGCCGGAUGACGUCUAUGUGAAGACGGUCAUGGGGGUGCUAUAUCCCAAAGGUCUUUGAACUGAUGUGUAAAACAACUGGUACACUCCCCACAUCAGCAGUGUAUGUAGAACAAUCGCAUAUUCUGAUUCAAGUUGUGAUGAACACUGAACAAAGACGAAAACACUAAUCUACUCGGCACGAAAUUAAAUGAUGUAGUUGGUUUUAUAACAAUCAGCGAUUUUCGAAUGUGAAGAUUCUAGUGAAUAAAUUGUGUCUUUCUGGAGAACAUUUGA